CUGUAGAUCUACGGAAGGGGGAAGUGGAAAGUAGGAAAGAAUUUCUAAAAGAAUUGUUGUAUUACAGAAAGAAGAAACUCAAACAAACACAAGCAAAGGAGGAAUAAAACAAGCAAGGGAGCCGUUUCAAUGCCUUGUCCCGCCCACUACUACUACUAGUCCAACUACUCUUACUAUUACCCAGGCUGCCUGUCACCCAUUACAUUAUUCUAAUUUUUGUGUUUAUCAUAAAAGGAAAAGCAACUCUGCAUACUGCUAACAGCAGAGUAAAUAAUCAUGGAGGAACCAAAAGUGUCAGAUGCUGAUAACCAAAACGAAGAAAAAAGGGCUCUUGAAGAUGGUACAAGUUUACACCAAGAUGAUACUGCAGAUGGCACAAGUGAAUCUAAUACUUUAUCUAAACGUCAAAAGAAGAAGCUUCUAAAGCGACAGAGGUGGAUAGAUACUCGAGAGGAACGGAAAAAGAAAGAAAGGGAAAAACAGAAACGUCGGUUAGAGGCAAAACGAGCUGCUGGUGAGAUUUGUGGGAACAUGUUGAGAAAACGAUUGAAAGGUGCUACAAUGGCAGGAAGCUCUUGCAAACAGCGUGUAGCAGUUGACAUGUCAUUUGAUGACUUGAUGCUUGAAAAACAUCUCGCACAGUGCAUCAAACAGAUAAGUAGGUGCUAUAGUGCAAAUAGGCGAGUGUCAGACCCUCUUCAGUUCUAUGUAACAAAUUUUGAGGGAAAAUGUCUCGAAUUUAUGUCCAGACAAAAUGGUUACAUGAACUGGGAUGUUCACUUCAAGACUGAAAAUUACUUAGAUUUGUUCACCAAGGAUGAUAUAGUAUACCUUACCAGCGAGUCAAGUAAUACUAUCAGUUCUCUUGAUGUCUCCAAAGUUUAUGUCAUAGGAGGUCUUGUGGAUCAUAAUGUCCAUAAAGGUUUGUGUUACAAACUGGCACUUGAGAAAGGAAUAAGCCACGCUAGGUUGCCCCUGGAUGAAUUUAUUGAGAUGAAAACCCGGAAGGUGUUAACUGUAGAUCAAGUGUUCAAGAUCUUGCUUGGUGUUACUCAAGGAAAGAGUUGGAAAGACUCCUUUCUAGAAGCAAUUCCCCCAAGAAAAGGUGCUGUAGGAAAAGAAACAUCAGAUGAUGAAUUCAGUGAUGCUGAGUGUGAUACAAAAGACGCAAAUGAAUUUCAAGGUAAACCUUUCUUAGAUGUUGAAAAUGGUAAAAUAAAUGGUGAAACAACAAUUAGAGAUUGAUGUGAAAAGUUGAGCCUUUUAUCUUCCACUGUUUUCUUUUGGUAUUUUUAAUUACUAUAACAAUAAAGUUGUUAUUACUGCUAAA